AUGAAUUCAUCCAGCUACAUCUUCUCAGUUCAGUCUCUAAACUUCAAUGGCUCUUUGGGCUUUAAUGACAGCCGCUUCUUGGCCAACGUCACCACGAAGGGAUUCUGCGAGCAGAUCUUCAUAAAGUCGGAGGUUUUUCUAACCCUUGGGAUUAUUAGUUUGCUGGAGAACAUCCUGGUCAUCCUUGCAAUACUCAAGAACAAAAACCUCCAUUCGCCCAUGUACUUUUUCCUGUGCAGCCUGGCGGUGGCCGACAUGCUGGUCAGCGUCUCGAAUGCCUUGGAGACUAUUGUUAUAGCUUUUCAGAACAAGUACGUUUUCAUAGGAGAACAUCUUCUCCGGCAGCUGGACAACAUCUUCGACUCACUGAUCUGCAUUUCUUUGGUGGCAUCGAUCUGCAACCUGCUGAUUAUUGCAGUUGACCGGUACAUCACGAUCUUCUACGCUCUGCGGUACCACAGCAUCAUGACGGUGAAAAAAGCCUUGGCUCUGAUCAUGGUAAUAUGGGUCUCGUGUAUCAUUUGUGGCAUUGUGUUCAUUGUCUACUCGGAAAGCACAACUGUGAUUGUGUGUCUCAUCACCAUGUUCUUCACCAUGCUUGUACUCAUGGCCACUAUGUACGUCCACAUGUUCUUGUUUGCUCGGCUACACGUGAAGCGCAUUGCUGCCCUCCCAGUGGAUGGCGUUGUCCAGCACCGGACGUGCAUGAAAGGAGCCAUCACCAUUACUAUAUUACUCGGUGUUUUUGUCGUGUGUUGGGCACCGUUUUUCCUCCACCUGAUACUCAUCAUCUCAUGUCCUUCUAACUCCUACUGUGUUUGUUACACCGCGUACUUUAACACAUAUUUAAUCCUCAUCAUGUGCAAUUCUGUCAUCGACCCGCUAAUCUAUGCUUUCCGCAGCCUUGAGAUGCGUAAAACUUUCAAAGAGAUUAUAUGCUGCUACGGGAUGAAUUUCGGGAAAUGUGGCUGAUACCGGCCAUGGUCGAGUGCCGCGUGUAACUACUUGUUUUAAUAAAAUCAACGGAAACAAAAUAACCCUUCAGUGAUCAGAACAGAGCUGAGGAGCAAAGAAUCUGCAAAGAUACAGAUUCAGACAAACUUCGCGGCUCUCAUUUAUCUUUGCCAAAUAAAGUGGAAUUCAACCCGAUUUUACACCAGAAAGAAUUUAGUAAAUUGUUCCAAAAAUUAGUUAUUUAACUUCCGAGCCCUUUGGUUUUUGUAAGAAUCUGUAACUUUGAUAUGAUAUUCAUUUUCUCAAGGACUUGCUGUAUAUUUUCUAUCUGUAUGUAAAAGCCGUGAAGAAUCUAAUAUGUUUAUCAAUGGAAAGGUGAACACUAGAUUUUAACCCUAGAUGUGCCGGAGGGUAAUGCAAACAACUCUUUAAAUAAUCCGCCGCACUAGGUUCUCGAGCACAAGUGGUUAAAAUGCCGGCCUAAUAAAAUAGGGUCCCGUCGGAGGGGCAAGGGGAGGGGGCUAUUCCCUUACCCUUAUUCAUUAAAUAACCCAGACAAUGUACAGUAAUACUCGGUGUUAAAAUACUUAA